AUGUCUCAUCAUCGCUACAUGUCAUGGCCUGACGCGCGUAUACUGACUAUGGCGCCCACAUACCCUCCAGUCGGCGCUGGCCCCGACUGCCCUUCUCCAGCUGCUUCCCGUCGACCAUCAGAAUGCUUUUCUGAAGUGAGCAUGGGGAGCAGCCGAAGGGGUAGCUUGGGUGGCUUCGUGUCAGAACUGGAGAGUACAGGGCAAUGGCAAUCAAUAGGCAGCGAAUCAAAAAGCCCACUAGCACAGUUUGGUUUUUUCAAGAGCUUAACCGAAAAGAAAACAGCAAGAGAUGGCACAGCGCCGAAGAGACGUGGUCCUAAACCUGACAGCAAGCCAGCCUUGACGCGGCGGCAAGAGUUGAAUCGACAAGCACAAAGAACGCAUCGAGAGCGAAAAGAAUUGUAUAUCAAGGCUCUUGAACAGGAAGUACUUCGUCUCAAGGAUACUUUCGCCGCAACGGCAAGGGAACGCGAUGCUUUCGCCGAGGAGAAUCGAAAAUUAAGGGAGCUACUAAUAUCUCAUGGCAUCUCGCUUGAUUUACUCGCCCCGACGAACGGCAUGGGGCCUGUUGGUAGCUCGAACUAUGGGAGCUCAACUGGUAGCGUAUCUGGUUAUGGACCUGGCUCAGCAUCCACUGGUUACACUUCGCCGCCGAGCGUUCAGCAUCAUGGUUCAAUAUCACAGGAUAGCAUGGGUCAACAGCCUCUGACCAUGCAACAGCAAGUCCACCAAAGGGAUCCGCAUCAGCCAAACGGAUUGGACUAUGAUCAACUUGGGAUAGACUUCGUUUUAACCCUCGAACGGCCCUGUAUGGACCACAUGCAGUUUCUGAUGGUACGCGCCCACGACACCGACGAAACAAUCAGCGGGCAUGCGCUCAUGGCAACGGCGCCACCUGAUGCGCAUAUCGCGAAUUGUCCUGAGGAGAAAUACCCGCAUCAGAUGCCGGACGUCACAAUGCCCGAUCUCCUGAAGUUGCUCGAUCUCAGCAAUCGUCUGCCCCUUGAUGGGGAGAUUACGCCAAUUAUGGCUUGGGCUAAGAUACUCCAGGACGAAAGAUUUGCUGAGUUGUCCAAGGAGGAUGUUGGGUUCAUCAAGGACAAUCUGCUCGCUAAAGUGCGAUGUUACGGCUUUGGCGCUGUCCUGGAGGAAUUUGAAGUCAGAGAUGCGCUGAUGACCAUUUAUGCUGGAAAGUACUCAAAUGGGAACCAGACGCCUGUUAUGUGA